CUCUCUCUCUCUCUCUCUCUCUCUCUCUCUCCCUGUUCCUUCUCUGGAAACUCUAAUCCCCUCUCAUCACCUUGGCCAUGGAUAGAAAAUUUGAACCCUAGCAAGACAAACCAUUCUUUAACUUGGGAUCUGAAACCCUAGUUCACCAGCAAUACCAUCUUCACACAUGGAGGCUACCGGCACAAUAUCCGACAUCGCUCCUAUCAAUUCUAUGGAUAUCGAAACGUCCUUGCACCUCCUUGCCGUUCUGAUGCGGCAGGGAAAUCCCGCCGGACUAGCUGAGCUCGCCUUGAGAUCACCGAUAGUGCCAGAUCUCAUGAAAAGCCUUUGCCAGGUUCUGAGAUCCCCGUCGAAGUUUACCUCUGGUGGCUUUAUGAGCUCGUCCAAUGUGGCGGUCGACGCUUUUGAGGAGUUUAUGACGAGAGCCGUUGCAUGGUACGUGCCCAGGGACACGUUUAGGGAUUCGGGACUGAGGAGGGGAAGGUGGAAUGUUUCCGUGACAUACGUGAGGAAGAGGAAGGCCCCGAGCUCGGGCAACGCUUCUGUAUUGUUCUCAAGAUCAAAGAGGAGGACAUUGAUGAUUCAUGAGAGAGAUGAGGGAGAACCUAUGAAAGUUGAAGGGCUGCCAAAGCUUUCGUCCCUCUUGAAUGAAAUUCCAGGGCAGGAAAAUUUUGAGGUUGCUAGUCCUUUGGGAAAUGAUUGGCAUUCAGUAGGACCGAGGAAAUUUGAUUGUAGUGUUGUUGGAUUAGAACAAGCAUACAAUUUUCCUGUUGUCCUCCACGGUUUGAAUUGUUUUGAAUCAAGAAAUAUCAGCUGCACCAAACAAGGAUAUACCAGGGCAGGUGAUGCUUAUAUUGCAAAUUCCGUGUUUCCUCAUAAGAAAGUUGUUGGCUUAUAUGAAAAAAACUCGCCUGAUGUUGAACUUGAUGCUAAUAUUAUUAAAGAACAAGCUCUUCAAAGGUUGGUGUUGGUCGGGCCUGAUUUUAGACCACUUUCGGAUCAGACUUCACCAGUGAAUCAAACUCUGGGAGAAGAUUGUAACACUAUUUCUCUUGAGUUGGGCUUUUUUGCCGAUGUUCCUGAAACACCUGUCCUUGAAAGGCCAAAUAAUAUAGAACUGAAUUUUGGGACAUCCCUGAUGGAUGGAGUGCUGGAUCAGACUGCACUGGAUCAGCUUGAUUAUAAUAAUCAAAGUGCCUCUAGAUUGGCAUGCUGUUACCAACAGGUUGCUAACGUUGUUAAUGAGAGAAAGUUGCAUUCCAAAGAUGAUGCAUUAAUUACUGUUGAGUUGGAGACAAAAGAAACACCAGUUGAUUCUAGAACAACAUAUUUUCAUAGGAAGGAAACAUCAAUGAUGAACGAUGAAUUUAUAGAUGUUGGCAAGAAUUCAGCAGUAAUAGCUGAAGAUAAGCAGUGGACUUUUAGUGAACCUUGCAUAAAAGAUCAUAUUGCUUCAGUUGAGCUGCAAAAUUUAAUGGGGUCGAAUAUUGCAAGCAAUAGCACCUCUUCUACAAAGGAACAUAAUGUAAAUUUCCAGGUUGGUUUAAUUGCCAAGCAGAAAGUAAAAAAUGUUUGCAAUGUGAACCUCCAUUCUAAAGAAAAUAGGGUGCAUGCUUCCACUAAGAUUACCAAGAACUCUUCAGAUCAGAAGUUGAUGCCUAAUUUAGAAUCAUUUAUCAUAGUGGAAGAAGAGGGUUCAGGUGGCUAUGGCACUGUCUACAAAGCUAAAAGGAAAGAUGAUGGAAAAAUAUUUGCGGUUAAAUGUCCUCAUGCAAAUGCUAAUUCACACCAUGUCUAUAAUGAGCUGAAGAUGUUGGAACGAUUUGGAGGACGCAACUUUGUGAUUAAGUAUGAAUGCUCUUUUAAGAAUGGAGAGUCAGAGUGCUUCGUCCUAGAACAUGUUGAGCAUGACAGACCUGAGAUUUUGAAAAAAGAAAUUGGUAUGUUUGAGCUCCAAUGGUAUGGUUUCUGUAUGUUCAAAGCACUAGCAAGCUUGCAUAAGCAGGGUGUUGUGCAUCGCGAUGUCAAACCAGGAAACUUCCUCUUUUCCCGCAAAGUAAACAAAGGUUAUCUCAUCGACUUCAAUUUAGCUAGUGACCUGCAGCAGAAGUUUUGCAGAAACAGCAAACGGAAGAUGCCAACUGCGAAUGUAAAUCCAAAUUCUCUUCCGGAAACAAAGUCAAGGUCAAAUAUCCAUUCGAGGAAAUUUAUUGACCAUGUCCUUUUGGAGAAUGCAAGGAAAGAAACAGCUAACGAAUCUAAGAAAGUUCUAACAUCCAAGAACUCAAAGAAGAAAGCUCAGAGAGGUGAUAUAGAUGGUUUUCCUAUUGUUGACAGAAGCAAGCAAGUAAGCCAAACGGCUGAUGGUUCAGGUCUGACCUCCACAAAGGAUCAAACUAGCAAUAGGACUCCAGUGGAUUGGUUGAAGCAGCCAAUUCCUUGCAAGGGAAGGAAAGAGCUUAUCAAUUUUGUACAUAAGGCCAUGCACAGUCCCCAAAAUUUGAAGCCUGUUUCAAAUGGUCCUUCUUCCCAGAGGAAAAGAGUUGCUGCACCAAUGACAAAAACUGAUUCAAGGCUUCUAAUACUUACUCCCAUGCCAUUGCAUUCUGGUGGUAAUCCCGUGGCUGGUGCAGGCAUUUUAAGAAACAAAGCUAGUGGGAAGGUCAAGAGAGAAGGUCCCUGUGUUGGAACCAAGGGCUUUCGAGCUCCAGAGGUAUUAUUCAAGUCUUUCCACCAAGGUUGCAAGAUUGACAUCUGGUCUGCUGGUGUCACAAUGCUUUACUUAAUGAUAGGAAGGGCUCCAUUCGGUGGUGAUCCUGAACAAAACAUUAAAGAAAUUGCAAAGCUGAGAGGCAGUGAGGAUUUAUGGGAAGUUGCCAAGCUACACAAUUGCGAGUCUUCUUUUCCUGUGGAUCUGUUGGAGGUCGGAUCACUGAAAUCAAUGGAGCUGAGUGACUGGUGUGUGAAGAACACUAGGAGACCGGAAUUCCUUGAGCUCAUCCCUGAAUCACUCUUUGAUCUAGUUGACAAGUGCCUCGCCGUAAAUCCACGGCGCAGAUUCUCCGCCGAGGAGGCUUUAAUGCACGAGUUCUUUGCCCCCUGCCAUGAGAGCAUUAGAAAGCAGAGGCUCCUAAGGAAAGUAGUUACUACCUCAGAUCCUUCAAGCAGCAACUCUUGAGAAAGCUAUUAUCAUCCCUCUUCAUCCCCACUUGCUGUUAAACCACAUUGUUCCAGCAGACAACAAAUAGGAUCACCAUAAUCCACUGAAUCUUAGCUAUAAGUUCAACGGCUAGUCAUGGCAGCUGUUGUGAAUUUUGGAUUCAUUUAGGAGGUUUAUGUAAAUUAUAAUUUGUAUGGUGGUCCUGUAUGUAACAAGGCAUUGAAUUUCCUAAAUUGGAGUUUUUAGUUAAGAGCUCAUGUAAGAGUGUUGGUCACAUUGCUGGUAGACGCUCGAGCCUGUUGUGGUUUUUAGGAAGACAUGAUGAUGAGUGGAAAACAUGGAGAAGCUUUUAACUUCUGAGAUUGUUGUUGGAUUAUCAGAAAUUGCUGGUUUGAUGAUCAG